GUUCAUUUUCAUUUUGGCCGUUGAAAAUGAGUUUCCACAGCAGUGAACUAGUAGCAAUUAGCUUUGUUUUGGGAUUAGCGUGCUGUUAUGGAGCUCUACCUAAUGUCCAGCACGAAUUUUUCACCAUACCAGAAGGAAGUUCUGGAGAACUCAGAUUCUCGAAAGGAAUUGUUCCCAAUGCAGCUAACGCCUUUGCAUGCACUUUGUCAGUAAACAACCCUGCCCAAUUGACACUUUCCGCCCCGGCAGUAGUAUCACCUUUAGGUUCAGAAGUGAUAGUAAUAGCUACUGCUGUUGCUGACGGUAUUGUUGAGGGGCCGCAUUUUGUUGAAAUUACUCUCGCUUGCAAGGGCGCGAAGAAAGUCUUUCAUCAGUAUAUUUCUGAUCCUAGACCAGAUGCUAUUGAAGGAGAUCCUCACUUUAUUCAAUCAGUAAAAGAUAUUGCAACUGGCAAGAUUCACAGAGUGUGUUAUGAUGUUAAAGGUGUUGCUGGAGAUCGCAUUGAAAUUUACAAAGAUAAAAAGUCCAAUUCGGCUAUUGAAGGUGUAUUGAUGGAUGACUAUUAUAUGCAUAUUAUUCGCGUUUCUGCUGAAGGAUGCAACGUAGAAAUUACACCAAAAGAAGUUAGAUUGAACAAAAGAAUUGUUUUCGACUGGACUAGUGAUCCAAAGAGAAUGAGCAUUGAACGUAAUAAUGCUUGCAUGGUAAGAAAAGCUGGUAAUACAGUCGAAGUAGUUGGUCUUAGCAAGGAAUUGUUUGGAGGAGUUAACUAUAUUGUUAAACGUUCAGACCAUGAAGUAACAGGCCAUUUUCUGGAUGUUAAUGUUGAAGGUCUUGUCAACUAUGCUAAUUCGGAAGGGCUGUUGGGAGUGGUAGGAAAUAACAAAUUUAAAUUCUACAAAUCUGUUCAAGGCGAUGAUAAUAUUUCUCGAGGAACAGUUGUUGUUAAUGGUUAUUUCACGACGGCUAGAGAAAUUCAAAGAGAAGGAUUGAGUUGUUGGUUGAUGGAUACAGAAAAUGUUGUUUAUCCUCGUCCAAUAAGCAAUUUCAUAUUUUCAAAGUAAUUUGAACAAAUUUAUUAUUUUUUUUGAAUGUUCAAUGGAAAGCACAUUUUGAAAUAUUUAUGUUAAAUUUGUUAGUUUUUGCAUUGGUAUUAUCUGAUGCCUGAAGAAUAAAUUUUGACAUUUCAUCAAAAUCU